CAGAAAGACAGAAAGGGGAGAGAGUUAGAUAGAGAGAGAGAGAUAGAGAGACAGACAGAGAGAGACAGAGAGAGAGAGAGAGAGAGAGAGCGAGAGUAAGAGAGUUUUCUUCAAACAACAGUGAUGGAAACGUUGUGGUAUCUCACCCUGCUAAUCACAGGUAGCCUAGUGGUUAGAGCGUUGGGCCAGGAGCCAAAAGGUUGGCGGACUGAAUCCCCGAGCUGACAAGGGUUCUACACACCUUCCUCAUGUCUUCAUCAGUAUCACUUCAUUACCAACAAUAUGAACUGGACUGAUGCCCAGAGUUACUGCAGAGCACAUUACACUGAUCUGGCUACAGUAGAUGACAUGGAGGACCUGAACAGGCUGAUUACCAGUGUCAGUAUUUAUGGAUGGUACUGGAUCGGACUGAAGAAGGGAGACUCCAUGAAAUGGCACUGGUCUCUGGCAGACAGACGUUUCUACAGAGAGGGGGAGACUGAGUUCAGAAACUGGGACACUGGGACACCCCAAAAUGGUAACUGUGCUUUCAUGAGUACAGCUGGGCUGUGGAACAACGCCUCCUGUGAUGACCAGCAUCACUUCAUCUGUUAUGAUGGAAAACAAGGCACCAACCUAACAUACGUCUUAAUUCAGGAGAACAAGACCUGGAUAGAUGCUCAGAGUUACUGCAGACAGCAUCACACAGACCUGCUCAGUGUGAGGAACCAGACUGAGAAUACAGAGAUAGAGAAGAAGAUAUCACUGAGGGGACUUCCUGUGUGGAUCGGUCUGUUUCUAGACUCCUGGAUAUGGUCAGACCAGAGUGACUCCUCAUUCAGAAACUGGUGGUCAAGAUAUCCUACAAUAUAUCAGGGAUACAACUGCACUCUGGUGUCUUCUAAUCCUAAUGAGUAUUAUUAUUCUGAAUGGAUAAAUUAUCCCUGUGGCACCAACUUUCCUUUCAUCUGCUAUGAGCCAGCUGUGGAGACCCCUGAGAUACCCCAACUGAACAGACAGGUGGUGAGAAUGAAGAUGACGCCAAAGGAUCAACAUCUGAACCUCAGUGAUCCUGCUGUUCAGGACGCAAUUUUAAAAAAGAUAAGGAACAAGCUGAAGGAGCAGGGGUUACCUGCAGACACCAAAGUGACGUGGAAAAAGCAGCUUGAUGGGAAGGUCUUCCACAAGGAGGAAGAGGGGUCUCCUAAUAAAGAAGAGGAGGAGAAGAAGAUGAAGAAGAUGACAAAGAGAGAACUCUAAUUAUGUAAAAUGUUCACCUAACAUUUCUCUUUCUAUAUACAUUAAUAAUCUGUACUGAGAUGUAUUUUCUGAACCUAAUUAAAUGUAUUUUAUUAAGUCAAUUGUUUAAUUAUAAACAUUAAUAGUGUUUUAUCAUGAUAUGUUUUAUUGAUAAUUUUCUUGACUUGGUUGUUUUAUUACAGGGUGUGUUCUCAAGAUAGACUUUUCACACAUCAUGUCUGUAAAUGAGUUAUCUGUAGUUAUGUUGAUAUACAGUGCUGUGAAAAAGUAUUUGCCUCCUUCCUAAUUUUCUCAACUUUUACAUAUUUUUGAUGCUGAAUGUUUUCUGAUCUUCAAAGAAAACAGAAUAUUAGAUGAAUGGAAACUGAGUGAACAAAUAACAACAAUUACAUACUUAUUUAAUUGAUUUCACAAACAAAGUUAUCUAACACCCAAUGUUCAUUUGUUAAAAAGUAAACUCAGGGACAUUUGUGGGUCUUUAAGCAUGAACUGCUCGUUUCAAGUCCUGCCACAACUCAAAUGGGAUUAUUAGGUCUGGAUUUUAACUAGGUCAUUACAAAACUUCAAAUGUGUUGCUUUUUAAUCAUUUUCAUGUAGACUUGAUUGUGUGUUUUGGAUCAAUGUCUUGCUGCAUGACCCACCUGCGAUUCAGCAUCAGCUCAUAGACAGAUGGCCUGACAUUCCCCUGUAGAAUUAUCUGAUACAGAGCAGAAUUCAUGGUUCUUUUUAUAAAGGCAAGUCGUCCAGGUCCUGAGGCAGCAAAGCAUCCUCAGACCAUCACACUGCCACCACCAUGCUUGACCGUUGGUAUAGGGUUUUUACUGCGGAAUGCAGUGUUUGGUUUUCGCCAGGCAUAAUGGGACCCAUGUCAUCCAAAAAGUUUUGACUCACUUUUGACUCAUCUGUCCAUAAAACAUUCUUCCAAGAGUCUGGAUGAUCAUCUAUGUGCUUCCAGGUGCAUUUUCGUUAACUUUAGACAACAUUUUUGACUAGAUGGGUCCCAUUAUGUCUGAUGAAAACCAAACUGAAUUAUAAAAAUUUGGCAAAAAUAGAGAAAAUCAGAAAGGGGGCAGAUACUUUUUCACAGCACUGUAAGUAUCAAUGUGUUUUUCUAAUUGUAAUGUAACUUUCUUUAAUUGAAAAUAUAUUUAGACCAUAGUUUACAUACUGCAUAGCCAACGUAGUCUCAGCAUGUUUUUUAUUGGUUAAUGAAGAUGUCUUUUCUGAUGAUCAAAUAAAUACUUGUUGCAGAUUGA